GGGAAACUCCGGACCAGAGACAAAGGGGGGGGGAGCAGAGUCGGGAACAUCCGGGUCAUUCGCUGCUGCCUCAAUCCGGGACACACGCGGGUGCUGCGGCCGAGCACGGGUAUUUAGGAGUCUGUCUCUGGUUAGAUGUGCCUGAAGUGACUGCUAUUAAAUCCCUGAGGGACUCUGAAUAUGUCUGGCAUAGCUCUAAGUAGACUUGCACAGGAGAGAAAAGCCUGGAGAAAAGAUCAUCCAUUUGGAUUUGUAGCAGUACCUACAAAAAAUCCAGAUGGCACAAUGAAUCUAAUGAACUGGGAGUGUGCUAUUCCAGGGAAGAAGGGGACACCAUGGGAAGGAGGCUUAUUUAAACUACGGAUGCUUUUCAAGGAUGACUACCCUUCGUCACCCCCAAAAUGUAAAUUUGAACCACCAUUAUUCCACCCAAACGUGUAUCCUUCAGGCACAGUGUGUCUCUCCAUCUUAGAGGAGGAUAAGGACUGGAGGCCAGCAAUCACAAUUAAACAGAUCUUGUUAGGAAUACAAGAACUUCUAAAUGAACCAAAUAUUCAAGACCCAGCUCAAGCAGAGGCGUACACAAUUUACUGCCAAAACAGAGUGGAAUAUGAAAAGAGGGUUCGAGCACAAGCCAAGAAGUUUGCACCAUCAUAAGCAGCAUCUUAAAAAGGAAGGGAUUGGUUUGGCAAGAACUUGUUUACAAAACUUUUGCAAAAUCUAAUGUUGCUAUGUACAAUUAAUAUCCACUUAGGGGAGGGGGUUGUAUGUGUGCCAUUUUCCAUAUUCGCCACUUGUAUACAGUUCUAAAUUUGCUGAAUUGCCCCCAGUUUUUUCAUACAGGGUCUCUUCCUUCAGUCUUUUGUAUUUUUGAUUGUUAUGUAAAACUUGCUUUUAUUUUAAUAUUGAUGUCAGUAUUUCAACUGCUGUAAAAUUAUAAACUUUUAUACUUCUAUAAAUUCACUAGUAUCUCUAGUUACUUUGCUAUCUGAUGCAGGCAUGCUUUAAAAUGUUAGAACUAUAUUUAGCCUUUAGCUGGCUGUAUGGAAAAAAAAUAAAAAUCAUACCCUCUACCCCCUUCCCUCCCUCAAUUUGUUUUUCUAUCUUUCAGAAACUAGGUUGUUAUUGCUUAAGAGCCUCUGAGAUCCAAAGUCAGCCAGCAUCCUUAUUCUGCAUCACUUCCUUUGUGUUUAUAUGGCAUUGUCUGUGUUGCUGUUUAGAGUAAAUAAACUGUUUAUAUAAAGGG